CCGCAAUAAUCCUUGGAAAGACCUCGACCUACAAGGUGCUAAAUUCCAGACAGGACACACUUGGGGUCACACUCCAGCUUGGACUUUGCAACCACCCUUUAAUGUCCGCAUAUGAUCUUCGACUUCGAUUUGGGAAGUGUUCUGGGUCUGCCUAUGGAUGGCCUCUGGGCGUCAAUUUCGCCCUCUCCCAACGUACAUCUUCACAAGUCAUCCUACCGAGCCCUCUUGAUCUAGUCAGCGCCACCGUCUGACUCUCUUGAGAGGACUUCGUCAGUAUGGCCAUAUUUCAGUGGGAAAACAUCGAACAGUUCAUCGGUCUUGUUAACUUGUUAUCUCUGCGCAAUGGUGGUCAAGUUGGACCAAAGACGGGGAAAGAGGAAGAAGAAGUUCAAUGUAGCACUAACACCGAGGUCAGCGGGGACGAUUCAGAUGUCAGGGAGAGUAAGGAGGACGAACUAAAGCGGCGCUUUCUCGACAAGUUUGCGGAGGCUAUUUCGAACGACAAAGGUGACAGGCAUGUCGCUGUUUGCUCUGUAGCACUCCGCGAGUCGGGGGGUCGAUGCCCUGACGGGAACGUUAAGGUUUCCUUGCUGGUCUCCCGUAAUCAGGAUUUCGAGCCGGAGGAUAAGAAUUUUUUUAGCUCCCUUGAAAGGUUGCUCGCUGCUAUCGGUGCCACUGUGUCCGAACAGAUAAGCAUUGGUUUGCCUGCAGUUGAGAAAGAGCUUUGGGAGGAAUUAGUAUGCUAUAAUGAGCUCCGCCUGGAUUAUCACGCAAAUAGCCUGCGCGACAAUUUGCAAAUGUUCAAGGCCGCGGGAUGCAUGGACAUCAUUCCUCCGUAUAACGACUCUUGUUCCCCGCGGGGCGGCGAUUCCGAACACAGAACUUUCUGUGACGACUGCAACAUCGGCCUCUAUUCAGAUGGUUCUCAUGAUGCCUACAUGAAAUUUGCCCAGGAGCAUAUCCGUGAUCUGGGUAACAUCCUUUCUUCCCGGGAUGACAGAGGGACUCGGCGACGCCUUCUUGCUGAGCAUGCCUAUUCUCUCCGUCAUAUGAAGUCUCUCAGGAUACUUCUCGAUUCCGGUCUGGGGGCUUCAGUUGGGCGUAAGCUCAUCUCGGACAUACACUGGCUGGGCCGUUUGAGGUCCUGCUAUUAUACGCUCGUAGAAGCAGCCCUCAAUAUUCCUGGAUUUUCUGCGCUAUCUAUUGUUCCUGUGCAGAGCCUCCCGCCUCGCGCAUGUCCAUUUACCUUACCCACCCUGGCAGACGUGAUGAAUUGCCUGGGUCAGACCUUGGAUUCUACCUCUGUCAAAAGCUUUAUCAACGAACGUUUAGGUGUCACUAGUGCAGAGCACGAUUUCAAGCAGUGUCAGAAUAAACUCUCUAGGCAACAUCUCUCAACUCAUGCGGAGCUUCGGCUUGUCCUUCAUAUCAUAAGGACGAUGGAUACCAAAACCAUGGACAGGGAGAUAUAUCCAUACUUGGGAUGCAGCAAGUUGUCUUGCUUCCUUUGUACCAUUUUCCUUGAGUUCUUCGGUCAGUCUGGCAUUGCAUUCAGGACUCGUGGGAGUCAUGGGAAAGUCUACCCGUCGUGGUCUAUCCCGGAUGUAGAUGGACUCCAUGACGAUAUGGUCUCAGUUCUCGGCUUAGUGCUGAGGAAAAUGCAAAGCUUGCUGCAUUGCGAGGCAACGAAUUCCAUCACGCUAGCUGCUCGUGUUGCCGAAUCCUCUGCUGGGGUUACAGUUUAUAAUCCCCGAUCCUCUUUUAUUCGUCAAUAUCACAGAGUGUUGGCUGCCCGACGCGAAUUCGACUUUCUACGCGCACAUACGCGCAAGAGCUUCGUUAGGACUAUUGACCCAGUCGAAGGAGGAAAGACACACAACAUGCCUGGCGCUUUUACGCCCACUGAACCUCCAGAGUGCUCCGGAGAGUGCGAAAAUUGCGAGUAUAAGACUUCAGAAGAUUGCAGCGAAUAUCAUAGCAUGUGCUCGUACUCCGCGUCGGUUGAAGAAACAGAAAAUUACGACAUUUCCACGGCUUUGGAACACUCGGAAAGCCCGGGGCUCUCCGGAGAAUACGGAGAUUGUGAUCGCCACGGCAUGCCUGGCGCUUUUAAAUCUGUGAAAACACAAGAGCCCUCUGGAGAAUGCGAACACUGCGCAUGCGAAACCUCAAGGAGGUGCUCCAAAUGUCUUGGCCCUUGGCUGUGCAGUGAUCGCUGUGAGAAUGAGUGGGACUACUUCGAACAUACCUUCCGGUGUGCCGUGGGUCGACCUCUGGACACUGCCGACUACCUUGUCCGGGCCUGCCGGACAGGCUCGUUGGACGACGUUGAUGGGGACACUGCGGAGGACUUUGGAUUCGCGAAAUUUGCAUCGGACCGCGACUUGCAGAGGCUCUUUGGUUUGUAUGUCGGCCUCACGCGUAUGGGUGUCCGAAGUCGAGAACUGCACAAGUGGAAAACGGAAGGCACUCUGACAGAAAAUAUCAUAGCCAAAUAUGAAGUGAUACCCGAACGCAUUCGUGGCGUGUAUUACCCGUGGUUCCGUAAGAACCUGGACAUCUUCGAUUCGCGAGAUGUACAGCCGGAUUUCCUAGCGAUUGCCCGGCCUUACCUCGACCCAGAAGAUAGAAACAAGGAGCCCCACGAAUUGGUACCGGAGGCAAAACGCAAGUCUUUCUUGCUGUAUUCCAUGCUGCUAAAUGGGUACCAUCCGAACCCUUCGCUGUCUGGCACAAUCUGUAAAGACCUUUAUUUCGAGUUCGGUUUCGUAACCGGGAUUGGGUCCGAGGGCGAGGAUGUAUUACCUUGGGUUUACGGAUGUCUCAUUAGCAGAUGCUCGUUCACAAUGUUUUGGAAUGCAUUUCAGACCAACAGUCUCACGGCAUUGAUGGAUGCAAAGGGGCUUGAA